AUGUUCAGCCUCGAGGUGGUAACAAUUGUAGCGCUGUCUGGGCUUGCUCUCGCUGCUCCUCAGAACAUUCAGUACCAUGAUACGGAUAAUUCAUGGAAGAGUAAAAUCAAGAAUGUCGUUGUUCUCGUCGAGGAGAAUAGAUCCUUCGAUACCUUCGCUGGUGGUCUUAGCUACAAUUCAGCCAUUGAUGGAUUAUUGCACCACAAUUACUGCAAUUCGAUGAAUGUGUCGGACCCUACACAAAAGGCGGACGUUUGUGCUGGACCUCGUGCCAAUGAUGUCGCGGCAGACGAUCCAAAUCACAGUAUUAGUGGUGUUAACAUGCAACUCUUCACAACCUGGCAUCCAGAUGGAACACAAUCCGAAAAUAUGCGUGGUUUCGUGACGGAACAAUCCAUCACAUACGAUACCUUCAACAAAACGCGUGCGGCCGAAGUCAUCAACUAUUACACCCCCGAUCAAAUCAAAGUCUUCAACACGAUGGCCGAAAACUUCGUCCUCUUCGACCGCUGGUUUGCCGCCGUCCCAGGUCCCACUAACCCCAAUCGUGCCUACAUAACCUCUGGCACCUCGCACGGCCAUGGGAAAAACGACAACCUCUUCAACACAUAUGGACUCCCCGUCAAAUCCAUCUUUGAACAACUCUCCGAAAACGACAUUACCUGGAUGAACUACCAAAACUCUACCCUCGGGCCCGGUCUCGGUUUCAACCCUGACGCCGCAUUCUACAACUGGACCUUAUCAUCCGGCGCCCAUGAAACCAACAUCGCUCCCUUAACAAAAUUCUACGAGGAUGCGGCUGCUGGUACUCUACCCCAAUUUACAUAUAUCAACCCGGAAUGUUGUUCCUACCAAUCCUACCACCCCCCGUCCCCCAUCUCCCUUGGCGAACACUUCAUCAAAGGAAUCUACGAAGCUCUGCGAUCUUCACCCCAAUGGAACGAAACCCUUUUCAUCCUCACCUUUGACGAGCAUGGCGGUUUUGGCGAUCAUGUUCCGCCACCAACUGAUGUACCCGCGCCGGAUAAUCUCACAUACACUGAAACAGCACCGGAUGGUCAGCCCAUGACAUUUGAUUUCAAACGUUUGGGAAUUCGAGUACCGACGCUCUUGAUUAGUCCGUGGGUGGGAAAGGGUAUUGUGGAGAAGAAGGGAAGAAAUAAAGGAGGAGAGUAUACGCAUACGAGUAUUAUUGGGUUUUUGGAUGAGCUGUGGGGAUUGGAUCCUUUGACGCCGAGGGUGAGUUGGAGUAGUACCUUUGAGGGGUUGAUUACGAAUAAGUUGAGAACGGAUACGCCGGUUACCUUACCAGAUCCUUUGGUUCAUAGUUGA